AUGUCUAACCGCGUCGAACGAGCCGCCGAAGACAACUACGAGGCCGAGAACGACGCCUCGCCCGUCCCCGCCGACGUGAUCGAUAACUCAUACGUUGGCGAGACUCGCUCCGAGCUCCUCAACCAGGUCCCCGUGCAGCGCGACGAGGCCUCCUACGAUGACCCCAUGCAGCCUCCGUACUCGAACUCGGACCAGCAGCUUGCCGAUGAUGAAAGGGAGGCUAUUGACAGGAGCAACAUCCUGUCUGGCGAUCGGCUGCGCCAUGCCAAGCCCAUGACCCAGAAUAAGUAUAACGAGGGGCCGGGUGAGGAUGAUCUGCCUGAUGUUGUGAGAUAUGGGGACUCUGGAGUCUCGGGAACCAAACGCUUGUCGUAA